UCGGCGGAAACGGCCGUGGAUCGCCGAGCGAGCGAGCGGGCUCGUCGCUCCGGAGUCGCGCCGACACUGCCGACAGUUGCAUGUCGGAUUUUGUGCCGUUCGUAUAGUAUCGCCCCGGCCGGCUGACUGUCCUCGCACGGCGAGACGAGUGAAGCUCGGGAUGGAGAACCAACAGGUGUGGGUCCGUGACCCCCAGGAGGGUUUCAUAAUCGGGAAAUUCACGGACAUGGUGGACGGGGACGCCCUGAUCGUGCCCCUCGACCCGAAAUAUCCGCAACGCACCUGUCCGCUGGACGAAGUACAUCCUGCCGGCGAAUAUACCAAAGAUGUCGAGGACAAUUGUGCCCUGAUGUACCUGAACGAGGCCACGCUGCUGAAUAAUAUUCGCACUCGCUACUUCAAGGACAGGAUAUACACUUACGUCGCCAACAUUCUGAUAGCCGUGAACCCGUAUUACGAGGUAAAGGAUCUCUACUCGCCGAGGACCAUCAAGUCUUAUCAGGGAAAGUCCUUGGGUGAAACGCCACCGCACGUCUUCGCCAUCGGCGACAAAGCAUUCAGAGACAUGAAAGUGCUGAAACAAUCUCAGAGCAUUAUCGUAUCCGGCGAAUCGGGAGCGGGUAAGACCGAGUCGACCAAGUAUCUCCUGCGGUACCUCUGCGAUCUCUGGGGCUCGACGGCCGGCCCGAUCGAACAAAGGAUUCUCGAUGCGACUCCGGUGUUGGAAGCGUUCGGCAACGCGAAGACAAAGCGCAACAAUAACAGUUCGCGUUUCGGCAAGUUCAUGGAGGUGCACUUCGACGCCAAGUGCCAGGUGGUCGGCGGGUACAUCUCCCACUACUUGCUGGAGAAGUCCAGGGUGUGCCUGCAAAGCCCGGACGAGCGGAACUACCACGUGUUCUACAUGAUGUGCGCUGGCGCGCCGGCCGAUCUGCGCGCGAAAUUGGGCAUCACCAAGCCGGACGACUUUUAUUAUCUAAGGAAUGGCUGCGCCCAAUAUUUCUGCAACGCGAGAUCGGAGAAACGAUUGAACGAGGCGCAAAAGAGUCGCGAGCAGAUACAGAAGGGCAGCCUCCACGAUCCCAUCUUGGACGAUGUUGAAGGAUUCAACGCUAUCGAUCAGGCGUUUACCCGACUCGGUUUAACGGAUGCCGAACGCAUGGAGAUUUACACGAUGGUGGCCGCGGUGCUUCAUCUCGGCAACAUCACGUUCGAGGACAAUCCGGAGGACACAAAGGGCGGCUGCAGAAUAACCGCCGACUCCGGAAAAGCGGUGACGAUAUCCGCAAAAUUACUGGGGGUUGAUCCCGAGGAGCUGCGACAAGCUCUGGUAUCGAAAGUGAUGCAAACCAGUCGGGGUGGCAUUAAAGGAACGGUCAUUAUGGUGCCCCUGAAGGUUUACGAAGCCAAUAACGCUAGGGACGCCUUGAGCAAGGCUAUUUAUAGCAAACUGUUUGAUCACAUUGUCGCGCGGAUCAACAAGAGCAUACCUUUCAAGGCCUCGAGUUACUACAUCGGUGUGCUAGAUAUCGCAGGAUUCGAAUACUUUAAAGUCAACAGUUUCGAGCAGUUCUGCAUAAACUACUGCAACGAGAAGCUUCAGCAGUUCUUCAACGAGCGGAUCCUGAAGUACGAGCAGGAGCUUUACGCCCGAGAGUCCUUAAACGUCCCGAAAAUCUCCUACGUCGACAAUCAGGAUUGCAUCGAUUUAAUCGAAUCGAAGAAUACGGGUAUCUUCAGCCUGCUGGACGAGGAAUCGAAACUGCCGACUCACAGUUUUGCGCAUUUCACCAACGAGGUUCAUCGCGCAUGGAGCGGUCAUUUCCGCAUCACUUUACCGCGAACGUCACGAUUGAAGGCUCAUCGAGAAUUACGAGACGACGAGGGCUUCGUGAUUCGCCAUUACGCCGGUGGUGUUUGCUAUCAAACGAAUCAGUUCAUUGAAAAAAACAACGAUGCGUUGCACGCCUCCCUGGAAGGGCUCAUUCAGGAAAGCGGUAAUAAAUUUCUCAGGACGCAGUUCGCCAAUCAUUCGUUGCAAAAGGGGAAGCUCACCUUCAUCAGCGUCGGUAGUAAGUUCAAGACGCAGCUCGGCGAACUUAUGGACAAGUUAAAAAGCAAUGGAACAAAUUUCAUAAGAUGCAUCAAGCCGAAUAGCGAUAUGGUGGCGCAUCAGUUCGACGGCAACAGCAUUAUGAAUCAGUUACGCUGCUCGGGAAUGACGUCGGUUCUGGAAUUGAUGGAGCACGGAUAUCCGAGUCGGGUGCCGUUCCACGAGCUUUACAACAUGUACAAGUCGUACUUGCCACCGGAGCUCGCCAAGCUCGAUCCAAGAUUCUUCUGCGAGGCGCUGCUGCACAGCUUAAAGCUGAACCAGAAGGACUUCAAGUUCGGCAUCACCCGAGUCUUCUUCAAGCCGGGCAAGUUCGCGGAGUUCGACCGGAUCAUGAGGUCCGAUCCGGAGAAUCUGCGCAAGCUGGUCGCCAACGUGAAGAAGUGGUUGCUGAAGUCGCGCUGGAACAAGCUGCAGUUCUGCGCGUUGUCGGUGAUCAAACUGAAGAACAAGAUCAUCUAUCGCCGGCAGCAUUUGAUCGUCUUGCAAAAAACGGCGAGAAUGUACAUCGCGAAGAAGCAGCAUCGGCCGCGUAUCCGCGGUAUCAUGAAGAUUAAAAAUCUGCGGAAGCAGCUGACGCGAAUGGAGGAGACCGCGAGUCAAUUGAAGAAUCGAGAGCGAUCGACGCAGGACAUGAAGAGGCUCGACGACGAUCUAGAGGCGGCUAUACGCAAGAUCAAAAACAAUCCGAGGAUUGCGCCGACGGAGAUCGACGGUCUCUACACGUCUUUAGUGAAUCAGGUGAACAAGCAAAUGGCCUCUCUUCAAGAUAUGGUGAAGCAGCAAAAAGUCGCCGAGGAACAGGCGAGAUUGAGGAAGAUUCAGCAAGAGCUCGAGCUGGAGAAGAAACGAAAGGAGGAAGAAGAACGUAGGAAGAGAGAGGAGGAGGUGAACAGGCGGAAAAAGUUGGAUAUGGAAGCCAGGAGAAAGAUCGAGGAAGAGCAAAGGAGGAAACAGGAGGAGGAGGAUCAGAAGACCGCGGCUGCUCUCCAGGCCCAAUUGGAGAAGGAAGCCAUGGAAGAAAGUCGGUAUCGAGAAUUACUGGAGCAAGAAAGAAGAGACCACGAAUUGGCGGUCAGGCUUGCUCAAGAAUCGAAUGGACAAGUCGAGGAUUCUCCGCCGCCUAUACGAAGUGGCUCCGACGUACGAGCACCUAUGAACAACAACAGGCUAAUAAGAUCGGAGCAGGUGCGUAACCAGCAGGCGGCUAUGAGCAACAAGAAGUACGACUUGUCCAAGUGGAAGUACUCGGAGCUGCGGGAUGCAAUCAAUACGUCCUGCGACAUCGAGCUACUUGAGGCCUGUCGUCACGAGUUUCAUCGCAGACUGAAAGUUUAUCACGCCUGGAAGGCGAGAAACCGCAGGAGAACCAUCAUGGACGAGAACGAGAGAGCGCCGAAGUCCAUCAUGGAAGAGGCUGCGAAAACACCGAGGACACCGUUGAAGCAACAGAUAGUCGAGUCGUCCCAGAGAUACUUCCGAAUCCCCUUCGUCCGUUCCUCCGCGGCCGGACAGCAGGAGAACCCGCACGGCGGCGGUAAGCGGGGCUGGUGGUACGCGCACUUUGACGGGCAAUACGUGGCGCGACAAAUGGAGCUUCAUCCCGAUAAACCGCCGAUACUCCUCGUGGCAGGUAUUGACGAUAUGCAGAUGUGCGAGUUGAGCCUGGAUGAGACCGGAUUAACGAGGAAACGCGGUGCCGAAGUUCUGGAACACGAAUUCAACCGCGAAUGGGAAAAGUACGGCGGUAAACCGUACGUGGCGCCGUGCGAUCGUAAAAAGUGAGGAAUUCGUGACGGGAGUCACGUGUGUGGGAGAAUGAUAUAUUUUUGCGUCAUCACGUCGUGGAAAAAAAAGAAAGAAAAAACGCUGCAUAAAUCAACGCGAUAAUUUGCGAUGAUAUCUUUCCUACGUAGUUUCUCGCCCGAUGAAUACAUUGGCGAUUCUGUGCCUUGCGAGAUGUGCCUUGUGCAUUAUGGCACGGACGAUACAUUUCUAUUGUAAAUUACAUGUAUUGUAAAUUACGUCACAGUUACGUAAGUCGAAGAAUUUUUUCGUCGAUAUUCGAUAUUAUCGAAUAUUAAAAGUCCUAUUUUCUUUUAGAAUUAAUUAGCUGUUCUAGAAAUUGUGUCGACCUGAUUCAGUAUUCCAUAACGCGUUUCAUAAAAAAAAUAUAUUUAAAAAAAUUGGCGACAUCGUAUAACUCUAAAAAACGUGAAAAUUAUCACAGUUUGCUUUUUCGCCGUCAAGUUUUGCAAUUUAAAACAGUCAUUAUAAACUAUCAGAUCAAGAUAAGAAGAUAUAGCGGGAGGUUCCUUACGUUAAGCUUAUGCAUUGUUAGCAUACAUUUGUAAACUAUAAAAAUAUAAUUUUGGAAUUUU